GCGUUGUGUUGUGAUUAAGGAGGUCACUGGAAAGUGAGUAGAUCGUUAGCUGGGCUGGUUCGGGGGACAGAAAGACACAUAGUUGCUACCGUUAGUAUCAGACAUUCUGGUACCGGAGUAGCUACAUCUUAAUCUACAUUUUGUUUAGUAACUAAACUAUUUAAGGUAAAAUGCUCCGUCUCGUCUUGCGGCUGAGGCAGUCUGCUGCGCUGUCCAUACCUCGGCCUGCCCUGACCGCUCGUCCGGCUCUGGGUCCUUGUCAUCUGAGGCGCUACCACGGCUCAGUCCGGUCCAGAGCAGUAUGCGGUGGUGGUUUCAACACCGUGGUGUUCGCCAACAGAACGACCCUCCUGCAAGCCCCGCUCCCCGCCAGCAUCACACAAACUCAUCGCUUCUACAGCCUCCCUCCGCACCAGAAGGUAGAGCUGCCUGCCCUCUCUCCCACCAUGCAGACAGGAACCAUCGCUCGUUGGGAGAAGAAGGAGGGAGACAAAAUCAAUGAGGGAGACUUGAUCGCUGAGGUGGAGACUGACAAGGCGACGGUUGGGUUUGAGCUGUUGGAGGACUGUUACCUGGCCAAGAUCCUGGUGGCUGAAGGAACUGGAGUCAAUGUGGGAUCUGUCAUCUGCAUCACUGUGGAGAGUGCUGAUCUGAUACCAGCCUUCAAGGACCUGACAUUGGACAUGCUGGCUGUUAGUCCUGCCCCUUCAGCUGCUGCCCCGCCCCCUCCUCCACCCCCUGCUGCUGCCCCAGGCAGCUCUCUACCUACCCACAUGAAGGUGUGUCUUCCAGCCCUGUCUCCUACCAUGACGAUGGGAACUGUUCAGCGCUGGGAGAAGAAGGUUGGAGAGAAACUCAGUGAAGGAGAUCUGUUGGCCGAGAUCGAAACCGACAAGGCUACCAUUGGGUUCGAGGUUCAGGAAGAGGGGUACCUUGCUAAGAUCAUGGUACCCGAGGGAACCCGUGAUGUUCCACUGGGCACUCCUCUGUGCAUCAUUGUGGAAAAGGAGAGUGACAUCGCCGCCUUCAGCAGCUACGUGGAAACCGGGGGACCCGAUGUCUCCAGCCCACCCCCAGCCCCUGCCCCGGUGGCCCCUACUACUGCGGUGGCUGCCCCCACCCCAAGCCCAGCCCCCAUUGCCCCGGCAACCCCCAGGAAAGGGCGUGUCUUCGCCAGCCCACUUGCCAAGAAGCUUGCUGCCGAGAAGGGCAUUGACAUUGCCCAGGUCAGAGGCUCAGGUCCUGAUGGUAGAGUCACCAGGAAAGACAUUGAGACCUUCACUCCCCCCAAGACAGCCCCUGGUACUCCAGCUCCAGUUGCUGUGGCAGCUCCUCCCCCAGCUAGCCCCGCCCAUACACCUGCACAGACCGUUGCUACACCAACAGGCACCUUCACUGACGUCCCCAUCAGCAACAUCCGUAAGGUGAUUGCCCAGAGGUUGAUGCAGUCUAAACAGUCCAUCCCUCACUACUACUUGUCUGUAGACAUCAAUAUGGACCACGUGAUAGAACUUCGCAAGGAGCUGAAUGCAGAGAUACAGGCCCAGAACAUCAAGCUGAGUGUCAAUGACUUCAUCAUCAAAGCCAGUGCGCUGGCCUGCCUCAAGGUCCCUGAAGCCAACUCCCAAUGGCUCGACACGGUCAUCAGACAGAACCAUGUGGUGGAUAUUAGUGUAGCGGUGAGUACAGCCAGCGGUCUGAUAACCCCCAUCGUGUUCAAUGCUCACACCAAAGGCCUGGUUGCUAUCAGCUCUGAUGUUUCUGCCCUCGCUGCCAAGGCCCGCAACGGAAAACUACAGCCACAUGAGUUUCAGGGGGGCACGUUUACCAUCUCCAAUCUGGGAAUGUUUGGCAUUAAGAACUUUUCCGCGAUCAUCAACCCCCCACAGGCCUGCAUCCUGGCAGUAGGAGGCUCAGAGAAGAGACUCCUGCCUGCUGACAAUGAUAAAGGGUUUGACGUGGCCAGCAUGAUGUCAGUCACUCUGAGUUGUGACCACCGCGUAGUGGACGGGGCUGUUGGGGCGCAGUGGCUUGCAGAGUUCAGGAAGUUCCUGGAGAAGCCUGUCACCAUGCUUCUCUGAUUGGACAACACCUCUCCAGGCCAUGCUGUGGUUGGCUGGGGCCUUUGCCAAGCUGAGCUGAUUAGUAGAAAACCUUCAGUGAUGCUUCUGUGAUUGGCUUGCCCACCACAAGGACACUCCCCCUCCCCCUUAAAGGGGUGAGGAAGGACUCACUCCCCUCAUAUUAGAAUACACCUUGUUCUCUCUGUCUCCUUUUCCAUCUCUUUCUCUCUGUCACACGUAUCGUAUUUAUAAGACAAGGAAGUUCUGGUGUCACUUUGAUGUCACCAAUGCUCAUGUUGGUUAUAAAGGGAACUGUUACAGUUCUUGAAAUAUUGUUUAAAGCCAAAUGAAGAGGAGGGGUAAUAAGCAUUUAGCAUAGAGAAUCCCAUCCUGCCCUGUGAUCAGUGUGAUAAACCAGCUGGUGUUGAAGCAUGUUGUAUGUUCACAGCUGGUCCACAACUCUGCAGGUUGUCUCCAUGGUAGUUCAUUGGUCAAUUGAUCAAUGAAUCAAAGUUCUGUCUGCUGUGUCACUCCCUGAUGGAACGAUGACUACCAGCUAUGCUGCAGACCUCCAGGUUGAUCUAUAUGGACCUUAUAAUAAUCUAUAAUUAGUUGAUUGAUAUGGACACAUACAUUAAAAGCUGUUUUGGGGCGGGUGGAAUCUUGGUUUACAGUAUGGAAGGGGCUUCAUUUAUGACAUCACCCCUAAUCAAGCACUUGGUCGAUCCUCUUCUACCCUGGGAUGUUUUAUUUUCUUUACGCCGGUUAACGUACAUAGGAAACUUUUUGUACAUACAUGACAUCUGAAACAAGCAAAACGCACAAAGUGGAGCUGGAUGUGCUGUUACCAUGGGAAUACACCGUUACUGUGGCAAAUGUCUGAAUAAAUGUAACAGUUAAAAUGAGGUACCAUGGAGAAGUUUUUUAAUUUGUCUGGAGAGUUUGGUGGGUUAAGUUACCAGGUCAUUACUGAGGGAGAGAGAAUGUAAGGGACAGGGAGUGAAAUAGUGCCCAGGGUUGAAACGUGGGUCUGGUUUACUGAUCCCAGCCUUAGUUAAGUUAUCUUGGGUUUUCUGGUGUUCUGUAUAUUAUAUAUUUAAUGUUUUAACCUGGUGUAUUAAAAUACUUUCCAUGUCAAUA